AUGUCGGGUUCGCUGACCCCAGACUCCUCAAGCCCGUCACCCUCACCGCGUACACCUCCAAAUCUUCACCAAAACACCAUCGAUCCCAACGCAAAAUGGUUGGUCCAAAAGUUUGGAGGCACAAGUGUUGGUAAAUUCCCUGUUCAGAUAGCAUCCAAUAUCGUCCCGAACUACAUAGACCAAUACAAAGUUGCUGUCGUCUGUUCAGCUCGUUCGGGGUCGACCAAAGCACUCGGCACCACCAAUCUUCUACUUCGGGCAGCCGCGGAGGCACUGACUCGUCCCCCACGGAAUAAACCCGCUGGAACCCCCGGUUUCAUGUCCCCAGUCCCGAAGCCUUUCGAGUACUCUGCGUCACCGCCAGAGAGCCGCCAAUCGCCCAGCGCAGGGUCACCACAUCCUGGAUUCGGAUCCCUGACCUCCAUCUCCACGUCCCCAAACUUCAUCGACACGGUCGAUCUCCUGCGCCGGGAGCACCUAUCAGCGGCAAGCGAUGCAGUAAAGGACCCCACAAUACUGAAAGAGCUAGAAACCGAAAUCGAACGCGAUUGCGAGUGGCUGCGAGGGUUUUUAUCUGCUGCCCAAGUUAUCGAUGAAAUCUCUCCAAGAUCCAAGGACAGCAUCGUCGGUCUAGGCGAGAAAUUGGGCUGCAAGAUUAUGACCGCUGCUCUUCGCGACCAGGGCGUGGACGCAGAAUUUGUGUCCCUCGAAGACAUCAUCCUCGAUGACGAAACCGAGGACGGUGCUUCGCCCGGCACGCUCGACCAAACGUUCUACGACAGACUGUCCGUUGCUUUAGGCGAGCGAAUCAGGCAAUGCGCGCCCAGAGUUCCCGUCGUCACAGGAUUCUUCGGCCAGGUCCCUGGCUCGCUUCUUCAGCAAGUCGGCCGGGGGUACACCGACCUUUGUUCUGCGCUCCUUGCCGUUGGCCUGGAGGCCGACGAGCUGCAGAUAUGGAAAGAAGUAGACGGGAUCUUCACCGCUGAUCCGCGUAAGGUACCGACGGCGCGCCUUAUACCUAUCAUAUCCCCGGAAGAGGCAGCAGAGUUGACAUAUUAUGGGAGCGAGGUCGUACACCCAUUCACGAUGGAGCAGGUCAUAAGGAAGAAGAUCCCCAUCCGCAUCAAGAAUGUCGAGAAUCCAGAGGGUGGAGGCACCGUCAUACACCCCGAUUCCGACAUUGAUGCUGUCGAUGCCCUCGAUAUAUCUGCCUCCCUCUCAGGGACGCGGUCCUUGUCCGUGUCGUCAGACGACCGUCCACAACGGAAGCUUCCCACAGCCGUUACCAUCAAAGAACAUAUCAUCAUCCUCAACGUCAACUCGAACAGAAAGUCCGUCUCGCAUGGCUUCCUCGCAGGGAUAUUCAGCACGCUGGAUCGAUUCGGGGUGGUGGUGGACCUGAUUAGCACGAGCGAGGUCCACGUUAGUAUGGCGAUUGAGGACGGGCUGGCGCGCAAGAUCCUUGAUAGGCUGGUGAACGACCUCAAAAAAAGCGGGACGGUGUCCGUCCACCGCGACAUGGCUAUUCUCUCCCUCGUCGGGAAGCAGAUGCGGAACAUGGUCGGUAUCGCGGGGCGCAUGUUCACCACCCUCGCACAGGGCAACGUCAACAUCGAGAUGAUCAGCCAAGGCGCGAGCGAGAUCAAUAUCUCGUGUGUCAUCGACGCGAGGGACGCGGUCAAGGCGCUCAACCUCAUCCACCAGAGUUGUUUGCAGAUCAAGCCAGAGGGUGCACGAGGGCGAGGUUAG